AUGGCUACACAAACCGUUGAGAGUAGUUCUAGAUCUGGUCCAAGACGAACUACUGUAGGGGCUUUAUUGAAACCGUUGAAUUCAGAAUAUGUAUUUCUGAACAAGUUCCUGGAUAACAAGCCUAAGAGUUUUCUUUUUGAUGAUAGUGACGAUAUUGAUGAUAGUGACGAUAUCGACCGUGACCUUGAUACGGAGCUGGAGCUUCUAACUAUGAUGAAUGCGCUAACUAUGGAUAUGAUGCCGGAAAUAGACCGAUUUUAUAUCACCCUUCAAUUCGAAUUAGCAAAAGCAAUGUCUCCUUGCAUAAUAUGGAUUCCAAACAUUCAUGAUCUGGAUGUAAAUGAGUCGAAUUACUUAUCCCUCGGUCUAUUAGUGAACUAUCUCUCCAGGGAUUGUGAAAGAUGUUCCACUAGAAAUAUUCUUGUUAUUGCUUCGACUCAUAUUCCCCAAAAAGUGGAUCCCGCUCUAAUAGCUCCGAAUAAAUUAAAUACAUGCAUUAAGAUACGAAGGCUUCUUAUUCCACAACAACGAAAGCACUUUUUCACUCUUUCAUAUACUAGGGGAUUUCACUUGGAAAAGAGAAUGUUCCAUACUAAUGGACUCGGGUGCAUAACCAUAACUAUGGGUUCCAAUGUACGAGAUCUUGUAGCACUUACCAAUGAGGCCCUAUCGAUUAGUAUUAUACAAAAGAAAUCCAUUAUAGACACUAAUAUAAUUAGAUCUGCUCUUCAUAGACAAACUUGGGAUUUGCGAUCCCAGGUAAGAUCGGUUCAGGAUCAUGGGAUCCUUUUCUAUCAGAUAGGAAGGGCUAUUUCAAAAAAUGUACUUCUAAGUAAUUGCUCCAUAGAUCCUAUAUCUAUCUAUAUGAAGAAGAAAUCUUGUAACGAGGGGAUUCUUAUUUGUACAAAUGGUACUUCAAACUUGGAACGAGCAUGA